AUGGAGAACGGAUCAUCGAAAAGGGCUGCAAAGGAAAGAAAUGUAAAUGCUGUGCAGAAGCCUGCAAACCAACAAACAAAUGCGAAGGCGGUUUCUGCGUUGAAAAGGCAAAAGAUUGCACUGAAAAAGAAGUGCAAGGAUGGCUUUUGCGUCUCCAACAAUCAAGACUGCAAGGGCGUCAUACUGAGUAAUGGCUGCAAGUCUAAACCCAAAGGGGGAGAAUGCUAUUGCUGCGUUGAAGGGACUACCACGCCAUCAGGAGGAACUACGCCAGCAGGAGGUGCUACACCACCUGGUGGAACAACUCCAGCAGGAGGAACUACGCCAGCAGGAGGAACUACUCCAGCAGGAGGUACUACGCCAGCAGGAGGAUCCAUACCAUCAGGAGGAAACACAACAGAAAACGGAACUAACACGGCAGGAGGAACUGCGCCAGCAGGAGGAUCAACGCCAUCAGAAGGAAACACAACAGAAAACGGAACCCCGGCAGGAGGAACAACCCCAGUAGGUGGAACUACACCAGCAGGAGGAGUUACACCAGCAGGUGGAACUACACCAGCAGAAGGAAGUACUUCAGCAGGAGGAAACACAACAGAAAACGGAACUACACCGGCAGGAGGACCUACUCCGGCAGGAGGAUCUACACCAGCAGGAGGAACAACACCUUCCCCCUUAACACGUUUAUAUGCUACCCUUCAGGAUAAUAUUAAUCUCCGUAAUGCUAUGAACGAACUGACACAAACACUUGAAAACUUAUUUAGUGCUCUAAACAGUAUCCUUAAUGCAAACACGGGAAGACGACACCGACGUAGUGUUAGCGACAUUGAGAGCAUAACCACUAUAGCAGAACAAGCGACUGCAGCUGUUCAGAAUGGUAAUACGUCAGCUGUGAUCUCACUUACAGCGGAAAUAAAGGCGAAGACCAGUGUCGUUUCAGAUCUCGCAGAAGCAGCUGCAAACAAUGCAACACUGGCAAGAGAACUACAAUCAAGCGUAGCUGAUGCAAUCAGUGGGAUUAGUGACCUACAAGGAGCCGUCAAAACGAAAGACAAAGAAAUCCAAAGCAACAUUGAAAAAAUACAACAGGAAAUAAGCGAGUUCGGGGGAACUACUGUUGACGUAACAACCAUCGAUAUUAUCGAGAUAACAAACGGUGGCAGCAAUGAAGAGACUACUAUCAAGGAAGAAGACGAUACUACCAUCGCAGACACCGCCACCACUUUGGACACAAUAGUAGAAACUACCAUAGGGGACACGGCCACCGUAGAUAUCACCCCGAUUGAUACCACGACAAUGGACACUAUCAUAGACACUACAAUAGUAGACCUCCUCACAGUCGACGCCACCAUAGUAGACACUAACAUAGAUACUACAGCAACAGAAACUACCAUUGUCGAUAUCACUACAAUAGACGCGACAAUCUCAGCAGAUACUACUGUCCCUGCUACCACCACCACAGGAGGUAGCAGUGCAAUGGGCAUCACCACACAGGAUGUCAACACAGCUGACACCACCACAGGAGAUGCCAUCACAGCUGACACCACCACAGGAGAUGUCACAACAGUUGAUAUUUCCACCGAAGACAGCAGUUCAGCAGAUGCCACCACCGAAGACAGCAGUACAGCAGAUGCCACCACCGAAGACAGCACUGCAGGAGAUGCCACCACCGAACACAGCAGUUCAGCAGACACCACCACGUUAGGAGUCUCAACUACCACACAAUGAUAAAGAAUCAACUCGCAACGCAGUGACCUCAUCGCUGGACAAUGUCACUGUCUGAAAAUAAUCUAAAAAUCACGUAUGCGUUUCUACUGUCAUAUAAUAUGACAAACAAUUUGCAUAGAAAAUGAGGAUUAAGAAAUCCUAGAUACUAAAAGCAUAUGAUCAAAUAAAGAAAAUAUUAG